AUGCAGCUGCGCGACACGUCGGCGCCCGACCUGAAGCGAUACAUCAUCGGCGAGUACUUGGGUCAGGGGAGCACGAGCGACGUCUUCAAUGUGACUGACGCCCUCACGAAGAAGGAGUACGUGCUGAAGCAGAUGUCCCUCGAGUCCAUGGGCGAUGCGGAGCGGCUGCGAGUGAAGAAGGAGAUCCUCGUAAUGAAUGAUGUUGACCACCCCAAUAUCGUCAAGUUUCGCGAGAGCUUCAGCGGUGACAACUCCGUUAACAUCAUUAUGGAAAACUGCGAGUGCACACUCGAGGAGCUGAUAGAGCGGCAGCAGGAUGCAGGUGGGCAGCCGUUCCCAGAAGAGGCCAUCAUCGAGUGGAUGGCAGAGCUGCUGUGCGGCCUCGCCUACCUGCACUCGCGCCGCAUCGUACACCGUGACAUAAAGACGAGCAACAUCUUCCUCACCGAGAAGAACCACGUCAAGUUGGGUGAUUUUGGCGUCUGUACAGUCUUGACGAGUGCCACGGUGGCGGCGCACAGCAUGAUCGGCACGCCACUCUACUUCUCCCCAGAGGUGUGCGAGGAGGAGGCAUACGACGAGCGCAGCGACGUGUGGAGUCUCGGCGUCGUUUUCUACGAGAUGUGCACGCUGAGGCGCCCUUUUGAGGCGGCGCACCUGCCGGCUCUCAUUCAGCAGAUCCUAACUAAGGACGUGGCACCAUUCAACACGGGGCUUGACACCCGCUUCGAGGAGAUAGUGCGGCGUAUGCUCAGCAAGGACCCGCGUGACCGCCCAACGGCGCAGGACUUAAUUGACAAACACCUUGUGGUGCCGCCUAGCCACCCGUCACACCCGUCGCAGAAGCCGUCGAGGAGUCGGUUGAUACAGCAGUACUACGGGCCCGAGAUAGACCUUCCACCGGCCCCAUCAGGAGGCCAAGUAGCGGUGGGGCAACAACAACAACAACAACGACAACAACAGCAGCAGCUGCUUCAGAAACAAGACAAUGAAAAAAAUGAACGGAAAAAUGUACCACCAACAAAGGCUGUGACACCCAAGGCCAAAGCGAAAAAGCGUGAUCCUAUCGAGAAGAGACGACCAGGUAAUAAAGAGGUCGGAAAAGAAUUAAAUGCGGAAGAGCGGAUAGAUGCCAUGAAGCGUAUUAAAAAUGCUAAGAGCAAGAUCAACAUGACAGAGUUGCGAGAGAAUAUGCUCCGCCGGCGUUCGCAGCUAUUUGGUGAGAUGGAUGCCUCACUCAGGGAUGGUAUUCCUGUAGUCAUUGAGUUACAACCCAGCCUGCUGUCGCCCGGCACACUAGACAUACAACGCGACGGCUCCUCGGAUUGUUCGGCAACCGUGCGACCAAAGUCAAGCUUUCUCGAUGAUAUCGCUGCAGUAAUUCGGAACCAUUCGAGUGGUGGGGUAACAAUCGAUCUUGAGCAGCUAGAGGACGCCGCCUCACUGCUGUGCCAGUAUAAGCUUACGAAUCACGGCCUUUAUUGA